UGCCUUGGUGCGCGUAGGUCCGAAGCCUCUGCCGAUAUGUGUUCACCACAGAACAUGAAUUAGUACAACUUACACGGUUCAGUGUAUAUCUACCAGCAUUUUAUUUUUAGUAACAGAAACUGUACAACGUGGUAUAGCAAGAAAUAACGACUCCCUGGUAAGUGUAUCUGGUGAUGUCAUAAAACAAGCGGCGGCACUGCACUGUGGACAGAUUUAAUUCAUAAACCGGCGACAUGCGGGGAUAGCAUCGGACAUUCCUCACAAUCUCCCCGGGAGUGGUGGGGAUAUUGCCUGCUACACAAUACCCAUAGUCCAGUGUACAUGCAGUCUCCAGUGCUUUGCGGAGUCGGCCCACCAUAAAUGGUCGGAAUGGAAUCACUGCAUGACUGAACAACAGUAACAAUGGUUGAGUGAGCUUCCACAACAGGGACAUUUUCAUUUUAAUCUCCAAACUUUACACAAAAUUUAUCCUUCGAAUCCAAGUAUGGGGGCAACGGCGGCAUAAAACAUCUAAGAGCACAAUACUUUAUUCACAUAGUAUUGCACGGUUCAGGACUGUGGCCCGGGACUGUGGUCAACGGGGUCAACGCGACUUAUUACACCGGCCAGCAUGCAUGACCAGGAAUCAUCGGAGCUAGCUGUGAGCUAUCGGAGAUAUUUGAGAACGUAACAUCGCGUGUAGUUUUCUUCGCUGCAGGGACAGAAAGGUAAUCUGCAUUGUAAUCGAUGGUCUUCUAACCAGGGGUCUGCAAUAAAGAAAGGAGCAGUGUUGAGAUAUGGAUGUCAGAAGAUGAAAUAAAGAUGGACUUUGGUAAUUUCGUUUUACGAAAGAAACGCAUUAUUUUAGCUUUCGCCUUGGCACUAGCGACAUCUCUCUCUAUCGGUUAUUACCUUGCGCAAUACGAAAAUGUUUGUGUCUCCUCCAUCACAAGCCUUGACCUCGGGUCCAACCCGCAUUACGGAGAUCAUCCGCAGGGAGUGGUGCAUGCACUGGAUCAUGGCUGCUACCUCCAGACAUCAAACUUCAGCCAGCACCAGCAUUCUGAAAAACUCCUGGCAGAACGGAACUGCCGAAAGAAGUUGCCGGUUGCUGUGAUAUUGGGGGCUGCUCUUAGUGGAUCUUCAACCCUGAAGAGCGCCCUCUCAUUUCAUCCCGAUGUGACUGUGUCAGAGUUCGCAGGUGCCUUGAAGGAUAAUCCCCGAUACCAAGAUGCCAUGCCGUAUUCCCUCCCUCAUCAAAUCACUAUUAGUGAGUGCCAGGAAUAUCUUUAUAUCCGUAACCUUUCCCAUCAAAACAUAACAAUAUUUUCUCCUGACCUUAAAUUCAUCGUUCUCCUCCGGGAUCCCGUAGCGAGAGCCAUGUCAGAAUACUUGGUGCUAAGAUCAAAGAGCAGCUCAGAGUUUUAUCGCAGAAGUCUUUCACAAUAUCCAGAUUUUCCAAUGGGGAAACUCGUUCAGGAUGUCCAUACACGAACGAAACGAAGUAGAAUCCAAGGUUUUUAUGAAGGAAAUUAUUCAGAAAUAAAACGAGUAAGAGAUGUCGAGCAAACUAAUCCACAACGAUCAAAGAGAAGCAAGGGCGAGAGAGGCAACUCUUUGCACCGUGUUAGAGAAUACGAGAUCCGGUACAAAUUGGAAGACAAUUUUGAGAAGACCAUUUUGGAUCCAUCAUCUGAGAUUGAUGAGAUGCACUUUUUGGUUCAACGAAGUAUAUAUGCUAGCCAAAUAAAGCACUGGGAUUCGAUUACUUCGAGAGUGAACUUCCUCAUCUUAGACGCGGAGGUGUUUGCUAGAACCCCAGCUAUCACACUUGACAAAGUGGAAAGAUUCCUAGGACUUAGGCCUUUUUUCCAUGAACAAUUCUUCACCUUCGACUUCCCCAAAGGUGUGUUCUGUUUUAAUUCACCGGUACGAUCCUGCGUAGAUCCCAUCCCGAUGCAAGGGGUCCCACCCACCCUCUCGGAUGAAUUUGUCAAUCUGUUUCGAAAGUUUCUUAUGCCUGCGAUGAUUGUCCAGAACCGGAUCUCCGGAGCCUAUUUCCCACACCUUGGAGAGAAUCCCAUGGUAUUCACCCCUUUUAGAUAAUAGGGUUGCAGUAAUUAAAUGGCAUUCCGUUGAUGCCUCAAUCACAUCACCGAAAUUGACUCCAAAUCAACCAAUAGUACAUUACUGGUAAAAAUGUAAUAGUUUUAGUCGGUCUGUAGUCGGGCUUCGCCGUUGUGACUGAGCAACAUCUCUCCCGCCACGGCAUCACCGCAUAAUAGCGAGUUUUCGCUCACCGACGCGGAAUGAAUCCUAUACAACGCAGCAAACGUGUUGAAAAUUCAAGUCAAAUCACAAUGAAGACUGUCAAGAUUCGGUGAAUCGGAAUAGCACUUUCAUCCGACGAUUCAGAGCUGACAAAAAAUCGCAUGAGUCACUGACGAAACUGCUGUUUUGAUCCACCGACCGUCGACAAAGACUUCAUUGUCAUGAAGGACAUUUUACAAUAUUCUCUACGUUUCAGAAAUCGUCUAUGUAAUUGUUGCGAAAUUCCUAAUAAUAGAACAGUGGUCGAAUAGUUUUUAUGACUAUUGAUCUCGUCACACUAAGACCUUUUCUUUGAUAUAACCUUGAAAACGCGAGAAGCAGACGUAUCCCCAACAUAAAUUCGUCCUAUCUUUUUUUUCUAAAUGUUUUAGACUCCCUGCAGACAUUAUCUUUGGACUCCUUCACAAAUAAAUUAGAUAUCAAUUAAUAUUUCGAGUCACUUCUUACGUAGCGUGCUCUUCAAGUUAGCGUAAUGUGCUAAUCCUGAUGUUUUGCUGACUGAACGCAGAGCGGAUCCAGGAUUUUCCAAAAGUGGGGCCAAUUUUCCGGAGGAAAAAU